GCGUUGGAGCGACGGUAUCAAACCGGACGUCACUGUUUGAAAGAUUGGCGGUCGGACACGGUGCUCUCAAAUGCCUGCUAUGAAUUUGAGUAAAUUAACAAAAAUCUAGUAGAUAUUGUACAUGUUUUAUAUACGAAGGCUAUAGCUGUCGAGAGAGGCAAGAAAGCAGAUCAACUAAGCACACUUAAUCGACUCGUGUGUGUUAUACCCCUGUUGCAGAGGAUGCUUCUCCAGGAUGCAACAGACGGACACGGCCAGAUGGCACUGCUCCAGGUCUUGCUACAGUUGUCUGGAACCACACCUGGACUACAGGUACCGCCUGGCUCUAAGGGUCACCAGAGACAACACCAUAUUUGGGGUGACUGUGUUCGGGAGCUGUCUCAACCCCCUCUUUGGAGCCCCUGCCACCGACCUUCACAGGCUGGUGGAGGAGUCUUCCGGUCCAGUGGGAAGAGAAGGUCAGAGGUCAGGGUGUCGAAGCAGGCUGCUGGUUAAGGCCGUAGAGGACUGCUUCAUUGGAAGACAUUUUGUUUUUGGGAUCAAGAUAUCUGGCCCCCACCCCUACAGGAGAGAGGCAGGCCAGUUCAUCGCCAGUCAGAUCUCUCUGCCCAUGGCCUCUGUUCCAGGCUGCUCUGUGGUCAGUUACUACAGAACCCUCCUACAGCAAGCUGCUCUCUGCGCUGACUGGACAACUGAUCCUAGACCAGCUCCCCAGCCCAGCGCUGACACCAGUACAGCUCCUCUCCUGCUCCACCCUUCUCCUCUCCACAGCUUUGACUCUACACUGCCCUCCUGUGGCCGAUCCAUGUCACUGCAGUGCACCUUAACCCUCACCCCAACCCCGACCAACAUACACAAGGCACCCUGGCAACAGUCUCCGGGGGUGAUCACGUCAUCUGCAGAACAGGAGGAAGAUGAGGGGGGGGGAGAGGAUAAAGGACUGAGUCAUGGGGAGGGGCGACACAUUAGGAUCCGUAGUCAGGGGGAGGGGGGACACAGUAGGAACAGUAGUCGGGGGGAGGGGGAACACAGUGGGAACAGUAGUCAGGGGGAGGGGGACACAGUAGGAACAGUAGUAGUCAGGGGGAGGGGGACACAGUAG